UACUUAAACACCAUUUAAUCAUCACACUCAUUUUUAAAUGAUAGGUGUGUAAAUCAACAACCAAGUUCUAGAACUUUAAAGGGCUUGAGUUUCCUCCGCGUGCACUUCCUCUCUCAGAGUUUUAUGUUGAGGGUACCACGCAGUCAUUGGUACCACGCCGCUCGAUAAAACGUUUUGCUCUUUUGAGACCCCUCCUGUAGAGAUGCUUACUGGCUCAAGUCUAGUGGCAGCAGCCUCAGUAACACGUCCCCUUGGAGACUAGCAGGAGCAACACGUGAUGCGUCUUACUUAUCAGGUUUAGGGGAGAGGAUAGAGCAGCGCUUUGGGGACGGCCAGAGAGGAAAGCGAAAUAAGUGUUUUCCUCUCGUCUCUCAACUCUUUCUUCCUCUUUAGGAAUUUGGAAGAAAGAGAGGGGAACAAAGUUGUCUAACUUUGCACAUCCUCAGUAACGCCAUUUUGAUUCCUCUCCGGAACAACUUUGCAGCUUCUUUUUUUUUCUUAGCCCCUCAUCACCAUCAUCAGUAUGUCUCGGCGCAAGCAGCCCAACCCCAACAAAGUCGAACUGUGAUCAGUGGGUGCUGACACUCGAGGUGGGCAGGCAGGCCGUCGUCUCCCCCCCAACCCUGAGCUCCGAGCCCAGACACCUUUUUUCCCUGGUCUCUCGACGGUGAUGGAGAGCACCACAGAGGACACGCGUCCGGGGGGAGGAGUGAGCGCCGAGCUGAGCGCUGGAGAGACCGACCACUCUGAGAAGCAGGAGACCCCUGACUGCACACACACACAGGACAAACACACAGGGAGUAACGGAGCGAUGGAGGAAGAGGAGGAGGAAGGUGCGGCUGGAGAAAAUGGAGAGAAUAUGACAGAGGAGGAAGGCGUGGACUUGUCAUCCAUCAACACCAUGUUGUCGACGGUGAUGAAUGCAGGCCAGCUCAACGGAGCCCUGGAGCCUUCCACACCCUCCACCGCCAUCAGCAAGACCACUCUGCCCAGACCCCCUAGUGUCAACCGCAAUGCCCGGAGGAACACCACGGAAGCCAAAGACUUCAGUACAGAUUUCAUCUGUCCCCUGUGUGACAAGGACUGUAUGACCCAGCACCAGCUCACUAUGCACAUCCGACAGCACAACUCGGACAACGGGGCGACGGACCACUCAUGCAGCAUCUGUGGCAAGGCCCUGAGCUCAGCCAGCUCGCUGGACCGCCACAUGCUAGUGCACAGCGGAGAGAGGCCAUACAAGUGCUCCUUCUGCGGACAGACUUUCACCACCAACGGCAACAUGCACAGACAUAUGAAGAUCCAUGACAAAGACCCGGCUGGCGUCGUUCCCAUCAGCCCCCCCUUGCCCACCAAGAGACGCCGUCCCUCCGCCAAGAGGAGGUCAGCCAUGGACGAGAACAAGGAGCGAAGUGAGGAACCGGCCAAAAAAAAGGUGCUAGAGGAGAGUGUGUUGGAGGAGUUGGGUUCAGGCCAGGGGGAUGAUGAGGUGUUGCCGUGCCCUAUCUGCUUCAAGACCUUUGGCUGCAAGUACGACCUGGAAGUCCACAUGGACACACACCCCGACACCACGCUCAGGUGUGACCUGUGCUGCCUCUCCUUCCGGACCCACCGCGGCCUGCUGCGGCACAACGCUGGCAUCCACAAGCAGCUGCCCACGGACCCCGGCGGACGACCCUUCAUCCAGAACAACCCCUCCAUCCCCUCUGGCUUCAACGACCUGGCCUUCAUUGACUUCUCCUGCCACAAGUUUCCCCACAUCGCCCAGGUCUGGUGUGAGACCAACCUCCGCCGGUGCACCAGCAAGUUCCACCGCUUCGUGUGUGAAGCCUGCGACAAAGGAUUCCCCUUGCUCUCGGCCCUGGUCCUGCACAGGACCACCAUUCAUCAGCAGCAGCCAUCACCCACAGAGGGCGCCCAGGAGCCACCCGCGGCCCAGGAGAAGCCGGCAACCCCGGCCCCUCAGCAGGCCAGCUUCCUGGAGACCCUGGGUCUGCAGCACAUCUCCCAGGUCAAGCUUCAGCCUUCGGAGGAUGAGGUCCGGCAAGCCCAGCUGGACAGCAUCCGGGUCAUCCAGGUUGAGCCUCUGGCCUCCACCCUGCCCCAGGAGGUGGAUUCCGCGGCUGCGGGAUCCCUCGGCGGCCUGGGGUUGGUGGCGGCCUCGUCCCUGCAGGGCCUUUCCCAGAGGGAGGCCCUCAGCCUGCUCUCCCUGCAGCCCUUCCCCACAGGUUUCCUCUUCCGCCCAGGUGGUGGUACUGCGGUCAAGCCUGUGUGUGGCGAGGCUGGCCUGAUGGAGCUGGCUGACAUCCAGCAGAUCCUGAAGGUGGCCUCGACCGCCCCCGGUCAGAUGGGCCUCCUGCCGUCCCUGGCCAAGGCUCCCCACUGGGGAGUGUCCGGCCAGGGCCAGGCGGCCGGCUGCAAGCACAUGCCCCCACUGAAGCCAAAGCCCAUGGUGGCACCACGCUCCAGCCUGGCUGCCUCCACGCUGCCGCCGCUUCAGAGCACCCAGCAGGCCUCCCUGGGCUGCAUCAGCCCCAGCCUGCCCCCGCCAGCCAGCCAGCUGCUCAAUAUGCCCCAAGAGUCUUCGUCAUCGUCCUCCUCUUCCUCGGGCAGCCAAGCCUCCCUGGAGAAGAUGCAGAUGGAAGCGGACUUCAUGGGCGACGCCCAUAUGCCCAACGACUCGACAGAGCUGCAAAUCAAACAAGAGGAGGGCCAGGCGGCCGGAGGGAAGAAGGGGGCAGGGGGUUCCAACCGCGGCGGCGUCAAGGCCUCCUACCCCUGUCGCUUUUGCGAUCAGGUGUUUGUUUACUCCGGGGUGCUGCAGGCGCACAUGCGCUUCCACCUGGGCAUCCUGCCGCACCAGUGCAACAUCUGCGACUACGUGGCGCCCGACAAGGCCACCCUUAUCCGCCACCUGCGCACGCACAGCGGCGAGCGCCCCUACGUUUGCCGCGUCUGCCACUACCCUUUCACCGUCAAGGCCAACUGCGAGCGCCACCUGCGCAAGAAGCACAUGAAGAACACAAGGAAAGAGAUCGAGAAGAACAUCAAGUACGUCUCGUCGACCACCACCCAGGAUCCCUUGGAGCUGGCCUCCGCCGGCGACACCGCCUGCCGUUUCUGUGGUGAGGAUCUAAAGAGCUACCGGGCUCUCCAGAUUCACCUACGCACCCACAACGGCUGCCAGCGCAAGCCCUUUGAGUGCCGGCGGUGCGGGGCGGCUUUCCUGGCCAAGAGGAACUGCAUCCACCACAUGCUCAAGCAGCACCCCGAGGUGCAGGAGCGGGAGAUCGAGGAGCACAUUGCCACCCUUCUCCCCGCCAUCACAGCCACCACCUCCAGGGCCAGCUCCAGCAGCCCUCUGGCUCUCAACGGCCUUAUGCCCACCCCCAGUGCCACCGUGCAGCCGGUCAAGGUGGAGGAUUUCAGCGUCUACUCCUCCUCCGGUGACUUGGAUCAGCCAUUGGACUUCUCCAACAAGAGCCGCAGGGGGGGUGGGACCAGCAGCAGUUCAGGGAGCCUAGCCGGUUCUCCUGGGAUCAAACUGGAGACGGUCAGCCUGGUAGCCUACGACAGCUCCAUGGAACCUAUUGACCUGUCCAUCCCCAAGAACCCCAACAAGAGGCUGAAGAGAGACGCCACCGCUGUUGACCCGAUGGGCGUGGAGCGCCGAGAGAUCAAAAAGGAGCUGCCCUUCCCCAGUGUACUGGACCACCUCCCCUCAGCCCUUCAGCUGGACAAGAGCUAUGAGGAGAAUCUGAAGACCCCCCAGUCUGGCUCUUACCAGCUCCCCCCAUUGACCAUCUCCCCGCUUCUCAUUAGUACCCCUACUGCCACAGGCCGGGCGCUCCGUCUCAAGCCCCUGCUGCCCAAACCGACCUCUUCUUCCUCCUCCCUGAAAGAGCUUCCCCCUCUGGCUUCCAUUGCCCAGAUCAUCUCCUCCGUCUCAACGGCUCCAGAUUUGCUCAAGAGGGAGCCCACGCCGGAUAACAAGGCUGGCGCCGGCCUCAACGGCCUCCAGACAGAACCUGAGCGUUUAGUUGGGGGCUACAACAGCUCUGAAGCCUCGAUGGAAGAGCUCCCCCUAGAGGGCUCGUCCAGAAAGCGCACUAGGAAGAAGCCAGCGAGCCAGGCCAAGACUAUAGCACCUGCCCGUGUGCCCACGCCCGAGCAAAACACAGACAGCGGCAUGGACCUGGAGUCCAGUGGGGAGUUUGCCAGCGUGGAGAAGAUGCUAGCCACCACCGACGCUAACAAGUUCAGCACCUACCUGCGGACGGGUGCGGUGGAGCUUGGAAGGAGGGACGAGGGGAGACAGAGCCAGGGAGAGGAGAAAGAGUUGCCUCCUCAGUCUGUGCCGCCCCAGUCCAAAGGAGGGAAGAAGAAUGCCUACUCCAACUCGGUGCAGAAGAUGAUCUGUCCCUUCUGCCCCCGGGUCUUCCCCUGGGCCAGCUCCCUGCAGAGGCACAUGCUCACACACACUGUCUUCUCUAAUGUGCUGUCGGCUACAGGUCAGAAGCCCUUCCCCUGUCCCAAAUGUGACGCCUUCUUCUCCACCAAGUCCAACUGUGAGCGCCACCUGCUGCGCAAGCAUGGCGUGACCAACCACUCGCUGCGCCGCAACGGCCAAAUGUCCAAGAACAAGGAUGGCGACGAGGGUUCACACGACAGCGCAGAGAGCUCUGAGAAUGAGCAGACUGCAGGAGAGGCUCUGGACCUGAGCAGCAUGGACCCCGAUCAGAAAAGCUCUGCAUCCGAGUCGCCCAGCACAGACCAAACACCAGACACUGCUGAGCUGCUGCUAGGGGAGAUGGAACCGCAACCCAACAACAACAUUGAAAAUGACGACAACGACGAUUCGCAGAGCAACAAGAGCUUGGACCUCAACUUUGCCAGCAAGCUCAUCGACUUCAAGUUCUCGUCAGAAGGCCAGCAGCCCCAGACCUCCCUGGUUGGAGAUAAGGUGGUGGCGGUGGCCGAGCCAGAUAGAGUGACGGCCACCCAGCAGCAGGACCAAGAGCCCUCCAAGUACACCUGCAAGAGCUGCAAGAAAAACUUCCGUUAUGCCGCCACCCUGGCUCGCCACGAGAAGGCACACUUGUGUGAGACUGCACCCCCCGAAGAGUCUUGUGGAACAGAGGAGACUGGGCCUGCCCCAGAGGAUCUCCCCAACACUACUACAACCACCGCCGAGGAGGAGGAUCAGGAGGAGGGAGAGAAGGAGGCUCCGGAAAGCGAGGGAGUGGGCAGUGUGAUGGACAGUGGUUCAGAGGAGGAGGAGAAGAAGGAGGAGAGAAGUGACGAGGAGGGGGCAGCAGAACCAAAGAAUGAAGGAGAGGCAGGCAGAGGGUCGGGGAGCAAGGCGGACAAGAGGAAGAAGAUCUGUAACGUGUGCAGCAAACGCUUCUGGUCACUGCAGGAUCUGACAAGACACAUGCGUUCGCACACAGGUGAGAGGCCCUACAAGUGCCAGACGUGCGAGCGCACCUUCACCCUGAAGCACAGCCUGGUGAGGCACCAGCGGAUCCACUUGAAGCCACGGGGCAGCGAGGGGGCAGAUGGAGCUGAUGCCAACGGGGCAGAGGCCCCGGCCGGGGACUCAGCUAGUGAGGAGGGAGAGUGCACCCCCACCAGCACCUGCCCCCCUUCAGAAAACGAGAGCGAAGGCACCGGAGGGGCCAGAGAGGAGGGAGGCGAGGGAACUGAGAAAGAGGCCCCUCUGCCAGACCCCACAUCCCUGGCCCAGUCCCUGUCCACCACUGAACCAGCCCAGUCAGAGUCAGCUACAGAGGCCAUAGCUGAGCCGCUCGUUGAGCCAGUCUCGGAAGCAGUCUCUGAAUCAGUUCCUGACUCAUCUGUAGAACAAACCUCAGACGGACCCUCUGAAACAGAUGUAGAACUAGACGCUGAGGUAUCAGCCUCUGAAAUGGCUAGAGAAACAGAUGGCAAUGCAGCCACUCAAACGCCAACAGAAACCCCCAAAGAAUCUUCCACAGAGUCCCCAGCCCCACAGCCCACUACCCCAGAGAAAGACCCUGAUGGCCCCUCGGAAGGCUUCAUCCAAGGCCUACUGGAGAUCCACACCAAGCCUUCCCUGGAGCACAUCCUUCCCGCUGGCGAGGCUCCCUUGGUGGACGUUGAGUGAGGGAGGCACCCUCCUUCCUACCCCCAGUCUCUGGUUCUCUGUAUGCAGUGGACCGCUGUAUGUGCCGCAGUGCCAUAGAAGUACUCCUAAAGAAUGCAAGACGAUGAAAUCAAGAAGAAACACCUUGUUUCUAAGUGCCUUACUACUUCUAUUUUGUUAGUUUUUUUGCUAUAUCUUUAUCUACAUUUAUCUACCGAGGAUCUAAUUUUUUAUAGCGUUUUAUGAUGAUUACAUAAUUGUUUUGGGAUUCUAUGAGAAGAACUUUGAAUAAGCAAUAAAUGAAAUCAAAUUUACCAUGACCGAUUUAUAUUAAAUGAUCAAGUGUGUGACAGACAAAAAUAACUGUUAUUGUAUAUUUAAACCACAGUCGUACCUUAAAAACAAUGCUGAGACUGAGAAAAGACUUGAGUAAGUUCACCAGCGGUGGGGAUAAAGUCACGUAUGUAACUGGAAACACAGCUAUAGCAGAUACCUGUCAGGCUGUCACAAAGGUGUCCUGAAAAAAGACUGUCGUUCUCUCCCCUUCAACUUGAUUUACUCUCUCUCUCUCUCUCAUGAUCCCUGAUAACCAACAUCUACAGUCUCUGUUUGUAUUGAGAAUACAUGAAUGAACUGUGACAUGAUUUGGUGUUAGGAGGCAAAUCAAAGAAAACAGACCUGACAAUGGAUAGCGUACCAUAUCUGAGAUCUAUGCUGUUGCGUUCCCCUAGGCUCUCUUUAUCUUGCCAUGAUAUGGGCAAUAUUUGCCUGAAAUGUGUUUUUUCCCCGAAAUCAUUCUCAUUUUAUUUCAUGUGCAUUGACCAUGUUGCGUGUGGGAGUGUUGUGUGUGUGUGUGUGUGUGUGUGUGUGUGUGUGUGUGUGUGUGUGUGUGUGUGUGUGUGUGUGUGUGUUAUUUGUUCAGGAGAGGUUGGGGGAUGUAAGGUGUUUGAGGAAAUGUACUUUUCCAGAACAAAAGGGCUUGAUAUGUGUACCCUCCCAUAUCUCUCACUGUCACUUUCUAGCGUUCCUAGAAACUUGUACUGUGUCUGUACUACCACCAGUGUGUCCGGCUUGUGUUGUGUCCACCUCCCCCUUAGUGGCAACUCAUUUCCUUGCCGCUACUUUAGACGUCUUCCAAAACCAACCGUCACUGUGUUCUUAAAGGCCUACCUGUGGUUCUGGGUUAUUUUGAUGCAGAACCUCACCUCGUGCUCUAGGUGGAACACUACUCUGUUUUGUCUACUUGAACUGUUGUAGCCCUGCUCCCUCCCAUUCAGGCAGCCACCUUCCACCACGCCACUCGCCCCCCCUUCCACCCUCAAGAGAAUAUUUUCCGAGGUGGGACUCAAAUGUCAAUCAUGUCACCUUGCGGGGUUGAAUUUUGUCUAAAUGUAUGUGUUUUUUCUUCUUUUCUUCUCAUUUUAUAUUUAAAAAAAACUCAGAAGCAAACAAAUCAAACCUCAUGGCGCGGUAAGACGCAGCAUCGGCUGGCUGGAGGCUGACGGACUGAGAGCAGAGAGCACUGGACUAGUCAGCCUCUGCCAGGCAACUGCCCAUAUGGCACUAACAAAUUAAAAACAAACCUAGUACGACAAUAAACAGCUAAGCGAUCAGAGAGAAUGAACUGAAGUGAAUUUCUGAGCUGUGUUUGGAACUUGAACGUAACACAGAGUAUUAAGUGGAGGGGAGAGGAGGGGGUGCGGCGCAUUGACAGGUGGCGAGGCAAGUACAACUACAGAAAGAAGUCUGCCCUCUAGUGGCCGUACCACAGUAGCUCCCCCAUCCCAAUCCUGCUCUCAGGCACUGGGAAAGUAUUGUCAGAAUAGAAUGCAAAAUGCAAUUGUGUUCUAAAAACACUGUGUUGAGGGACUCACUCAGCUUAUCUCAUUCAUUAUACCUUCAACCCUGUGUGGGUGUAUGAUUAUGAGUCCCAUGAGAAUGCACAUGGACUGUUUUUAUUGUAUUUAUUUGGAAAUCCGGUGAGGGGUGAAUAGAUGUGACUUGAGGAGAAGCCAUGUAUUAUUACCACAUUGAUGCUGCAGAGAAUACCGGAUUCAAAUCCACAAAAUGGUCGCCCAGCAUCGGCCCGGGACUUCUAUUAGCAAUAAUCACUUUUGAUUUGAAAGCUUUAUGUAGACCUUUGUAUUUGUUUAUAGACUGUGUGGAUCUAUUUUUGUUUUGUUAUUUUUAGUUUGGCUAAGAUUUUUUUUCUCUUCUCAGAUAUAUAAAUACGUAUAAAACUGUGAAAUUCAUUGUGUUUCAGAUAAUGGGUGAGUUUUAGGCUUGUUUUGCAUGUAACCCUAAUUUGUUCAAUUAUGGAUGAUUCAUUUUUUUCUCUCCAUCUCGCUCUCAGGGUCUUUAUAAAAUGCAUAUUCAAUACUUCAUUUUCCUGAGUUGCAAGAUGUUCUUACAAGUUCUUUUUUUACGAUUAAAACUGUCAAUCACUACAUUUAGCACUUGACUGUGAACUGCAAUCAGCAGAACAGAGAAAAUGAACUUGUGCUAAACAUCCUCGUGGUUGAGAGCGUGCUGUCAGCAGGAUUCUUUUUUAAUAUUAAACUCAUUAUUUUUGGUCUGCUUUUGAUUUGAUUAUACAUUUUUACCCCCUCCCUCAAAUUGCAGUCACCUCUCGUUUCAACCUCUCUCAUUUGAAGAGGAAAUCAAAUCGUGACUCUGUAAAAACCAAUGAAAGUGGCUGUGUCACUGUCUGACGUUCUGACCCUUUGUGGAAGGGAACUUUGUGUCGCUGCUACGGCCACACCAGAACUCACCUCAUAAAUGGGCCUGGAUCAGAACCUUCAACGUUAGCUACACUGCUCCCCUCCCUCCUGGUAUUACAGUGCUUCAGAAUCAGAAAUGUAAGCUGUUCUGUGUCGAAAAAAUGAAAGCAAUAAAGAUAUAUUAAGGAAAGGUGUGAAUCAAA